AUGAGCUUCGUCCCCCGCCGCGGUCUCUCGACCCUUAUUCCCCCCAAGGUCGCCUCUCCCAAGGCCCUUGGCGCGGACCCCAACGCUGUUCGCAUGCAGCGCGUUGUCAACUUCUACGAGAAGCUCCCCCGUGGUCCGGCUCCCGAGGCCAAGGCCACUGGCAUCCUCGGCCGUUACGCCGCUAAGCACUUCAACGGCAAGAACGCCUCGGCGAAGCCCAUCAUCCAUGCCCUCGGCCUUCUCCUCGUUAUCGGCUACGCCCAGAACUACUACUUCCACCUCCGCCACCACAAGAACAAUGCCCACUAA